AAUUAAACAAUGGAAUCUUUGAAAAGAGAAUCUGAUGAAGAGCUGAAAAUAUACGAACCGGUUCUAGUUGGAAUCAAUAAUGAAGAUUCUAUACGUAUUGAUAAAGAUGAGUUCAAAAUCGGUCGUGCAAGAGAUAAUGAUGAAAUUAUACUAGAUGUUACAAUAUCUAGAAGACACUGUAUCUUCAAAUGCGAAGGUUAUAAUGAAUGGACAAUUAAAGAUUUAAGCUCUUCUGCAACAUUUGUUAAUGAUGUUGUCAUUCCUUCUGGAGUAACAUAUAAAGUUAACCCUGGUGAUAUUAUACAAUUCAGUCCUAAUGAGACUUUUAGAUAUCAUUUCACACUUGCUCAGAAGGAACAUUAUAUUAAGAAACCUCGUAUAGAUGAAAAAAUACUUGACACUGUUCUUAGCAAGCAGAAAACAUUUUCAGAGUUCCAAGAAUGCCAAAGAAAGGAACUCAGAGGUCAGCUUGAAAUCAAACAGAAGGAGCAAGAAGAAUUAAAACAUCAAUUAGAAGAUCUACUGUCGCAACAAACUGUUGCUAAUGACGAUAGAGAAAAUUUGCUGCAGCAAAUUGAGACAUUAGAGAGCAAAAUAAAAACAGGUAAUGCUCAAGAACAACAUUUGCAGAAUAAGUAUUCUGAGUUGUUGGAAAAAUUGGAAAAUGAAAGGCUUCAAUUUGAGACAAGAUUAAAUGAUGAGAAGCAAAAGUGGCAAGAAGCAUUAAAUAUGAGUAAACAAGAAAAAGAAAUGUUAGAAGUAAACAUGAGAGAAAAAAUGGAAAAAUGGAGGGAAGAGCAACAAGCAGAAUGGAAAAGUAUGAUGGAGAAUAAGAUGAAAGAAGAAAAAAAUAUUCAGGCCCAAUUAUUGAAUGAGAAGAAUAUGUUAGAAGAGAAAUUAAAAGAAACUGAAAGAGCUUUGAAAGAACAAGAAGCAAAAGCAGAAACUUCACAGGCAGCUUUGAACAUAAAUUCAACAUCUGCUGAAGUUGCUGCUGCAGGAAACAACUGUAUACUUGUAGAAUUUGUCAAUAUUGACCCAUCAUCAGAUCUACAAGUAAUAGAUACAAUAGAUUUGACUGAAUUCAGUCAGGAUACAAAUAUGGAAAGUAAAAUGAAAGAAAACGUUCUUGAGAAAGUUAGCGGCAUUAUGGACGACCAGUUGACAUGUAGCAUAUGUUCAGAGUUAUUUGUAAAAGCGUCAACGUUAAAUUGUACUCAUACAUUCUGUCGCCACUGCAUAAGCCAAUGGUACAAAAAGCGCAGAGAUUGUCCAGUUUGUAGAAAACCGAUAAUAUCAAUGAAUACGUCAUUAGCUUUAGAUAAUUUUAUUGAAAGUAUGAUAGAGAACUUGCCUACCGACCUAAAAAACAGAAGAAAAGAACUUGUACAAGAAAGAAAAGCGUUGGAAACGAACAAACCGUUAUUCACGUACAAGAGACGUUAUUAAAGUGCAACGAUCUCGAGAAGA